AGACUUGUGCGCAGUAUAUCUUCCAGACCACCAGGCAGAUCCCGACAGGAAAUAGUGUUGAACUCACUUGAUCAAUUCCGAGAAGAUCCGAUUUGUACAUCACGAUUCACCAAUGGCAAGAAGGAUCUCCUAAGAGUUUUGUGUUGGAUUUUUCAGCAGUGCGAACCCGCUGCAUUUGAGGAAGGCCGACAUGAUAUCCUGUUGAUGAGUUGUUCCUCACCAAAGUAUUGUUCAUCCACUUCUACAAAGUCCUCUGGUCCAACCUCUUCAAGUGACACUUGUGGUGGUGGUGGUGGUGUGCACAAGAACAAGAACAACAACAACCAUCCCCAAAUCCUAUGGCUAGCUCGAAUAUUGGGAUCAGCAACCACAUUUUACCAAACUCUGGGUGACAUCGUCAUGUGUAUAAUUAUGUUACUAGUUAAACUCAAUUGUGGACUGAUAACGAGUGAGGAUGAUGAAGAUUCCUGUGAGAGGCAACUAUCUAUCACAUGUGUGAACUAUAUAACUCUUUUACGUCGAUUACGAUUGUGGGACUUGGCUACAUCAUUCACCAAUGCAUGUGCGGCAUAUGAGGACAUCGCCGGAGUCAGCCAUGCAGGUACAGGUGUGAAAACACGUUGUACAUCAUGCGGCAAGGAAUGUGUCAUAGGCUCUGAUAAAGCACUGUGCAGCCACUGUCAUAAGAACAACAGAAUAUGUGUCGUAUGUGGCGAGAAUGUGAAAGGGUUGUGGCUGGCGUGUCAAGUAUGCGGUCAUGGCGGCCAUGCUGUUCAUAUGAAUGAUUGGUUUACUUCCCAGAAGUAUGAUAUUUGUCCGUCGCCUAAUUGUGGUCACGUUUGCACUCCGACCGUAGCACAUCGCAAUUCUGCCCCUUUGACGA